GCGCGGCGGCGCCGCCACAAGUUGCGCUGCCGGCGGCGAGGUGACUGAGGACGGAAGUCAGGACUCGAAAUCAACCCUCGAAGGAAGAAGGGCUUUGCCUACACUUGGCUCUGAGCAGCUCCUGGCAGACACUUUGGAGUUUAUACGAGCGGAUGCUGGGGAGCUCACUGGUCCAGAGGUCUACACAUGAAGUCACCAUAAAGAGGGUGGCUCCCACAUCCUACAGACCUCAUCGCCGCGAGGUGAGGCUAAGAUGAGCAUAACCAGUGACGAGGUGAACUUCCUGGUGUAUCGCUAUCUCCAGGAGUCAGGUUUUUCCCACUCGGCAUUCACGUUCGGUAUCGAGAGCCACAUCAGCCAGUCCAACAUCAACGGGACGCUGGUGCCCCCGGCUGCCCUCAUCUCCAUCCUGCAGAAGGGACUGCAGUACGUGGAGGCCGAGAUCAGCAUCAAUGAGGAUGGCACGGUGUUCGACGGCCGCCCCAUAGAGUCCCUGUCCCUGAUCGACGCUGUGAUGCCGGACGUGGUGCAGACGCGGCAGCAGGCUUUCCGGGAGAAGCUCGCCCAGCAGCAGCAGGCCAGUGCGGCGGCGGCGGCGGCGGCGGCAGCGGCGACGACAGCGGCCACGGCAGCCCCGGCGGCCGUGGCCCAGCAGCACCCACCAAAGAACGGAGAGGCCACCGUGAACGGCGAGGAGAACGGAGCACACGCAAUAAAUAAUCAUUCGAAACCAAUGGAAAUAGACGGGGACGUUGAGAUCCCGCCCAACAAAGCCACAGUCCUUCGGGGCCACGAGUCGGAGGUGUUCAUCUGUGCCUGGAACCCCGUCAGUGAUCUCCUCGCUUCAGGAUCCGGAGACUCGACGGCGAGAAUAUGGAACCUUAACGAGAACAGCAACGGGGGCUCCACGCAGCUCGUGCUGCGGCACUGCAUACGGGAAGGAGGACACGAUGUCCCGAGCAACAAGGAUGUGACGUCGCUGGACUGGAACAGUGACGGGACACUGUUGGCCACGGGUUCCUACGACGGCUUUGCGAGAAUAUGGACCGAAGACGGCAACCUGGCCAGCACCUUAGGGCAACAUAAAGGCCCCAUCUUCGCCUUGAAAUGGAACAAAAAGGGGAAUUACAUUUUGAGUGCUGGUGUAGACAAAACAACCAUCAUUUGGGAUGCCCACACAGGAGAAGCCAAGCAACAGUUCCCUUUUCAUUCCGCGCCCGCCCUGGACGUGGACUGGCAGAACAACACGACCUUCGCCUCCUGCAGCACCGACAUGUGCAUUCACGUCUGCAGACUCGGCUGUGACCGCCCGGUCAAAACCUUCCAAGGACACACGAACGAGGUCAAUGCCAUCAAAUGGGACCCUUCCGGAAUGCUGCUGGCGUCCUGCUCCGACGACAUGACGUUAAAGAUCUGGAGUAUGAAGCAGGACACGUGUGUGCAUGACCUUCAGGCUCACAGCAAAGAGAUCUACACCAUCAAGUGGAGUCCCACUGGGCCCGCCACCAGCAACCCAAAUUCCAACAUCAUGCUAGCAAGUGCUUCGUUCGACUCCACGGUGCGGCUGUGGGACGUGGAGCGCGGCGUGUGCACCCACACGCUGACCAAGCACCAGGAGCCCGUCUACAGCGUGGCCUUCAGCCCCGACGGCAAGUACCUGGCCAGUGGCUCCUUUGACAAGUGCGUGCACAUCUGGAAUACUCAGACUGGGAGUCUCGUGCACAGCUACCGAGGCACCGGAGGCAUCUUUGAGGUCUGCUGGAACGCUCGCGGGGACAAAGUGGGCGCCAGCGCGUCCGACGGCUCUGUGUGUGUUUUAGAUCUUCGGAAGUAAACACAAACUAUUUCAGAAAAGAAAUCUCACGGACCAGCAGUGAACGUGUGAGGUCGCAGCGCUCGCCAGACACAGUGUACCCGCUCCGAAGCUGGACGAACUUGACCUGCAUUACAGUGUACUUGGAAAUCAGCUCAUCCCUGCCCACGGGAGUCUCUCUUCUUUCGUAACCUUCAUCAAGAAGUUUAAGACAGAAACAUACACAGUCCUAUCGAAGGGGGAAAGAACGGUUUCCACCCACAACACUCAGCCUGGGAAGCACGAAGCCACCAGCUCAACGGCGCGUGGUUUGGUUUCCAUCCAGAACAGGCUCUGAUGGCCGAGAAGAGGAAAGGAGGGGGGGAAGAAAGGAAAAGAAAAAAAAAAAA